AUUCCACACCAGUAUGGCGGCGGUGAGUUGCGGAGGAGGGUAACUUAGUCUAAAUAGUCCCUGAUGUAAACUCGGGUCGACUGGAGCACUUUAUUCACCCGGCUUGGUCUCUCCAGGAAGCGGAGCCUCCAAUGAGAGCCGUAGCUCAGGCUACGUGGUGUCAGAAAGGGUCAGAAACUUGUGUUCCGUGUCUUCUAGCAUCUUAGGCUAGGCUAGUUCCGAAGCUAACGCGGCUAAGCUAGCGGGCUACGGGAUUCACUGCGCAAACUUUAUGACUUGGGGAAUACAGGUUACGCUGCAGAGCACCGCUCGCAGGAAUCGACGGCUGGGAUAUUAAGGAUAUUCUUUCAAUAAAAAACAAGACUCGGUGAAACAAAACGAACCUCUACCUCGCAAGCUAACUCGGCUUGUCUCUGUAUCUCGUUAGCAGACCAAGUUUCGGACGUUGGAGUGGAGCUAGCGAGCUGACGCGUUAGCUGCAAUGAAGACCAAAAACACUUUAUUCCGUACGUGUGGUUGAUCAGUCCGUCGCGUUAGCUGUGCUCGGCUGGAUGUCUUAAGGCCAAUAAUCAUGUUUUUGAGGCUCAUCUUACGACUAAACAAUGUGUAGCUAGCUGCCUGCCCGUCUCGUGUGGGGAGUGGUGCAGCGUUGUUUUUUGGGGUUUGGUUAACCGAUAAAUUGCUCUAGUUCAGCAACAUUGAAUUGGCCUUAACUCCUGGUAGCUGGUGCGUCUUCUCCUAAAUGUACUUGAAUAAUUUGUGCUCAAAACGACGCGUUUAGCCCACGAUGUGAAAGCGCUUUACGGCUAAUAAGGCGACAGUUGUCGGUUUGCAAAGGUGUCGCUGAGAUUCUGAGAUCCACUGGCCCCAACAGGUCCCCGUAACUGGACAGUUUAAGCUCCGGAUUUGGGACGGAUUUUAUGUGUUUGGACUUCUGGAUGUUGGAAACUUUUCGGGUGAAGCGAGUCGUGGCUUGACAUUGGAAGCUAAAGCGAUGCAUUUGUAUGUCCGGGUGGAGGUGCAGUCCUACAUCGCCUUGGGUUUUGUUUGACAUCAUGGUGGAUUUACGAGACGGGGGGGAAAAGGGGGCUUAUAGUGUCUAGAUAAGGUCUUCUUUUGGACAUUAUGUAGCCGGUUUGGAAGUAUGUGCAUGCGUCUGUGUUCCACGAGCCAAACACGACAUCGACUGUUUCCCUAAAAGAUAGGAAAGUGGAAGGUUUGCCAUUCUGGAUCAAGAAGCCCUGCCUUUCGUCUCUGGUUGGAGUAGCACUCCCAAGCCGUCGUCGUCAUCCAUGCCUUCAGCGCUGGCCAUCUUCACCUGCCGCCCGAACUCGCACCCGUUUCAGGAGCGCCAUGUCUACCUGGACGAGCCCGUCAAGAUCGGGCGGUCGGUGGCCCGCUGUCGCCCUGCCCAGAACAACGCCACUUUCGACUGCAAGGUGUUGUCCAGGAACCACGCUCUCGUGUGGUUCGACCACAAGACAGGCAAGUUUUAUCUCCAGGACACGAAGAGCAGCAAUGGCACCUUCAUAAACAGCCAGCGCUUGAGCCGGGGGUCUGAGGAGAGCCCUCCUUGUGAGGUGCUCUCUGGUGACAUCAUCCAGUUUGGAGUGGAUGUGACCGAGAACACCCGGAAAGUCACUCAUGGCUGCAUAGUUUCGACGAUCAAGCUCUUCCUACCAGAUGGCAUGGAAGCUCGGCGACGAUCAGAUGUUAUUCAAACACCACUACCACUGCCUGUUGAUAAGGUUGCCGCAAAUACGCCCAGUAUGUACUCUCAGGAACUGUUUCAGCUCUCCCAGUACCUGCAGGAGGCCUUACACAGGGAGCAGAUGCUGGAGCAAAAGUUGGCCACACUGCAGAGGCUACUUGCCAGCACACAGGAGGCUUCAGAAAGCAGCUGGCAGGCUUUAAUUGAUGAAGACCGGUUACUCUCCAGACUGGAAGUGAUGGGGAACCAGCUGCAGGCAUAUUCAAAAAACCAAACAGAAGAUGGCAUCCGAAAGGAGCUAGUAGCCUUAACAGAAGACAAACUCAAUUAUGAGACUACAGCCAAAGAGUCCCUGAGGCGGGUUCUUCAGGAGAAAAUUGAGGUGGUCAGGAAGCUGUCAGAAGUGGAGAGGAGUCUCAGUAACACAGAAGAUGAGUGUACGCACCUGAAGGAGAUGAACGAGCGCAUUCAGGAGGAACUGAGGGAGCUGGCCAACAAAUACAAUGGAGCUGUGAACGAAAUCAAGGAUCUCACAGACAAGAUCAAGCUGGCAGAAGGUAGGCAGGAAGAACUCACUCAAAAAGGCCAGAACGAGAAGAAGGAGCUGCAACUUCGAAUUGAGGAGAUGGAGGAGAAGGAACAAGCGCUUCAAGCCCGUAUUGAGGCACUGCAGGCAGACAACGACUUCACCAAUGAGAGACUCACUGCCCUCCAAGUCCGGUUAGAGCAACUUCAGGAGAAAAGCAUAAAGGAAAACAACAGUUUAGACCACUUUCUUUUAAAGAGUGGAGGGGACUGCACUUUAAUCCAACAGUUCAUUGAGUGUCAGCCUGUGAAGCAGCUGAAAGGAGCCGUGGAUUCUUCAAUCCACAAGCUGUCCAACUUUGAUGAUGUCAUAGAUGCACAUCUUCAGAACAACCAAACCACAGAUGACAACAGCUUGACCAGUCCAGACAAAGUUAAAGAAAAUCAAAUAGAUGCUAAAGAGUCUGAUAUGUCAGACACGCUUAGCCCCAGCAAGGACAAAAGCAGUGACGACACGUCAGACGGACAAAUGGACGAGCAGGAGCUGAACGAGCCUCAGAACAGGGUUUCUCUGCUUAAGGAUGAGCUGCAAAGAGCCAACCUGGAGCCAGGAGACACAGAGCAGGUCAUUCAUCACCUGCACAGAGAGCUGCUGGAGGCCCAGGAGCUUGCCAACACCGGCAAGCAGAAAUGUCUUGAGCUACAAGCUCUACUUGAGGAGGAGAGGAGAACUAACAGGCAGCAGACAGAGGAAUCAGCCAAGCAGAUCCAGUACCUACAGAGUCAGCUAGCUAAGCUGCAGUCAGAUAUGGAGGCUCUGCGUGAGCAGAGAGAGAAUACCAUCUCCAGCACACGAGAGGAGCUCUACAGCGCCCAGGAGGAAGUGCUCGUCCUCCGCCACGCCAUGGAGGCUGCCACGGCUGAGAGAGAGCGCGAGAUUGCUGCCCUGCAGGGAGAUCUGUGUGCCGUUACGGCUGAACUGGACAAGUGGAGAAAGGCAGCAGCCGACUACGAGCAGGAGAUCAGCACUCUGCAGGCCAGCUUUAAGCUGCAGAGCCAGCACCAAGAGAGAGCCGUCCAGCUACAAGGUGAGCUGGAGAAGCUGCAGUCUGAGUGCUUGAACCUACAGAAGGAGUGUGAGUCUCUUCGCUCAGAGAAAGUGGCCCUGCUGGAGAAAUUGCAGAGGCUGGAGUUGGAGCUGGACAGCUCCAGAGAGCAGAGUGCCACGCUGAGCUGCAGCCUGAAUGCUCUGGAGAAGUCACAGGGUGACCUGGAGAGCAAGCUUGGCUCCAUGCAGGACCAGCACCAGCAGGAUGCCAGCAAGCUGAAGGUGCAGCUGGCCCAAGCCGAGAACCGCACCAGGAGCCUGCAGAAAGAGUAUGAGGACACUCAGGUCCAGCUGUCUGAUCUGAGGCAAAGGUAUGAGCGGACGGAGCAGGAGAAGCGCUCCAUUAAUGACGAGCUGGAGCAGUGCAAGGUCAACCUGAAGCUACUGCAGGAGAAGGGCAAGAAUCCAUCCAUAUUGCAGCCUGUCCAAGCCAUUUUCAUCGGCCUUAUCCUGGCUUUGCUGUAUUGGUGCUUCGGCCAAUUGUGGUAGAAAGAGUGGUUGGAUGCCCUGGAUGCCAGUAGUCGCUGUGAUGGUUGCCCUGACUGCAGUGGUGCUGUAUCCCAGCUUAUCCAAGAGCUCCUCCUGAGAUAAAUAACCAUUCACAAUGCCCCUUCCAACCACCACCACAUGUUCUGGACCACAGCACGGCCCACUCUUUAGACCCAGUGUCAGUUAAUCCUGAGGCCAGGCCUACUCUGGACAUGUUACCUCCAAUACAGCCCCAGGGUCUCCACCGUGACUGUAUAAAAUGCAAAUGUACAUAUUAUUGAGGGGGGAAAAGGGGAAAUAAAGGUGUAACUUCAAUUAUAGAUGAGAUAAAAAUAUGCUUUUUUCAGUUAGAUGGGAAUCUUGAUUAUUAAAGUGGCCUAAACUAGGCCUUUUUUUUUUCUUUUCAGAUGGGUACCAAACGUUUUGUUGGCGAGUUUAGUUCAUGUUUUCUGUGGUUUGCCAUGUUAGUUGUUAAUGUGGUAUCCAAAUAGGUGGAAAGCCAAAUUAUAAUCUUAAACGGGCACAAACUGGGGGGGGGAAGUGCCUGAUUUAACUACUACUAGAUUGCGUGUAAACACUCACACAGACACAUUCUUGUACUCGGUGAAGUGCCACUCAUUGUCCACUAACGUGGCGUUUCAUUUGAUUGAAAGAGAGAAAAUGUCUCUAAAUCGUUCACAGUCCUCUGUGCUGUAAUUGUGCGUUUCAACCAACAUGUUCCAACCAACGACCAGCACAGUAAUGUCAUUGUACGCUGUUGUCGUUUUCUUUGUAUUGUGUACUUUAAAUGCAAAUGUUCUUGUCGGAGACACUACACUACUUAAUGUUGAAAUUGAAAUUGAACUCCGGUCAGUGUGAGGCGGGUAUGAAACAUUGACUUGGUUAUAUUGUAGCUUUUACCAACACUGUCCUUCCGUUUGGACUUGGACCAGUUGGGCACUUUUAGUUUUGAAUGUUUAGGCUCGUCAUGGAACAAAUUCCCAACCAAUAGUGCUGCAGUAGCUUGAUUUACUGUAUACAAACUGCUUCUGCAGUACCUACUGAAACAAAGCUCUGGGGUUUCGCUGCCUUAUGUCACAUGGAGUUCUAGCUCUUCUUUUAGAAUGAAUUGGAUGUAAAAGCUUUGCAAAAAAAAAAAAAAAUGUGCAAAAUUGUGGGCGGUGCAUUGUCAAAGGUCUACUUAACUGAAGCACAGAACUGUUUUGGUGGAUUUUCUUUUGGUGAAACUGAGGGACUAAGAUGGGUUAAUUGGGAGUUGGUGAAAUCUUGGAAUUGCUGUCAGACUGGAAUGAGUGAACGGGCUUGAGCAGUGUAUGUUUUGGAGAGAAAUAACCAAUGAUCUGUGUGUUGUUGGUUCACAUUUUGUCUGCUGCGCUGUAAAUAAACUCUCGGUCAUGGAGCAAACAGAUCUUGUUCCACCUCGUCAAUAAAGUUCCUUUUAUUUUUUUACAGUGGGGAAAAAAAAAGUCCCUCCAGAAAUUAAUCAAGAUGCAGAUGCAAAGCAUGGUGUAGCACAGAUUAAUUCAAAGUUCUUCAAAGCGCCUGAACACGUCAUUUCGCUGUGUGAAGGAGUGUUUGAGGAGUUUUAAUAUCAAGCUUUGAAAUCUCUUCCUUCAUAUACAUUGACUCCAAUGCUAGACAGCAAGCUAAGGAGACUCUCUACCUAGUGGUCUUGUCUGUAAAUAUGUAUGUACGAAUGUAUGUGUGUAAAUAUACAUAAUAUUCACAAAAUAAAGUUGAAUAUCGGUGACGGUGGUCACAUCUAAUGUUCUGCUGCAAUCCGUUUUCAAAGAAUUAAUGGCCCUUAAAUCGUUUGUAUGAGAUCACCCAUUUUGUUUGAGGAAUCUACACCAAAUUUAACUUUUUUUUUUUUUUUUUUUUUUUACAGAUUUUUUUUGGCCAUCAGUUUUUCAGUUUGCAUCUAAUUUAUGGAUUUUGGUUCCCGUUUGCUCAGACGUUUUUUUCUCAUUUACACCCAGUGCAUGUUUGUUCAACUAGAAAUGUACACUGAACAAGGCGAUAUUGUUUUAUAAUGCAAAGUAAUGUUAACUGUCACACAUUGUAGUCUUCUAGCUGAAUUUGUGAAAAAUUUGCAAACAUGUUCUUAAUUUUGUAGACCGUUAGAGAGAAUUGACUUGUACCAUGUUGGCAAACUCAUUCUUGAACACGUAUUUUCUUUUGUUUAUUAGGUGUUUUGUAGCUUAUUCAUGAUUAUAGUUUGACUGCGCACAUUAUUUAACAACCAAACAAUGAUGACCAUAUCGUCAUGAUAUUGAAGAGCUAUUAGGUCAAAGACAAAUGCAAUCUACAUACUGCCCAGUCUAGUCAACCAAGCCAGUGGUACACAGCGUUCUGCCUGUAAAUAAUUUUUUGUUUGCAAAUAUUGUUUUGAGAGGUAAGCAGUUAAGAAUGACUGACUGACUGACUGACUGACUUUUUUUUUCUUUUUUUUUUUCUUCUUAAUAGAUAAAAUUCUAUUUUGUAAAGAGUACGCAAAGUUACCAUAGGGUUUCUGGAAUACAGAUUUAAGUAUUUGCACUAACACAUGUGAUGUGCAUGGUUUUAAUAAAACAACUUUUACUCUC